UUUGUGGAACCAGAUGCUUGGGGGAACAAACAAGAUCCCAGAGGAGCUUUCCUCAUCGACCGCAGUCCCGAGUAUUUUGAGCCCAUUUUGAAUUAUUUACGGCACGGACAGCUGAUUGUCAACGAUGGAAUUAAUUUAUUGGGAGUCUUGGAAGAAGCGCGAUUCUUCGGCAUCGACUCCCUCAUCGAGCACCUGGAGGUCGCCAUCAAAACCCCAGAACCAAAUUUCCUUCAACUCUUUAUACCCACACCUUCUUUUCCCUCCUUUUACCAUUUAUUUUGGAAUUUUUUGCCUUUCCAGGGUCUGAAUUUCAGCGGGGCCGACCUGUCCCGUUUGGAUCUUCGUUACAUCAACUUCAAAAUGGCCAAUUUGAGUCGCUGCAACCUCGCCCACGCCAACCUGUGCUGUGCCAACCUGGAGAGGGCCGACCUGUCGGGCUCUGUGCUGGACUGUGCCAACCUGCAGGGGGUGAAGAUGCUCUGCUCCAACGCCGAGGGGGCGUCCCUGAAGGGCUGCAACUUCGAGGACCCCUCGGGCCUCAAAGCCAAUUUGGAAGGUGCCAAUCUGAAGGGGGUGGACAUGGAGGGCAGUCAGAUGACCGGGAUCAACCUGCGCGUGGCCACCCUCAAAAAUGCCAAACUGAAAAACUGCAACCUGCGCGGGGCCACGCUGGCAGGGACCGACCUGGAG